GGCUCAGUAUAAGAGUUUGGGGAACGUCACACUGUCCGGUCGCAUUGGAACCAAUAACAGAAUGGUUGGACUCUGGGGGCUGAUUUUCUUUCUGCUCAGAUGUGCUCAAGGAGCGGAAGUUUGCUACAAUAUAUUGGGGUGCUUCACAGACGAGGCUCCAUGGGGGGGCACUGCAGAGAGACCACUGGGAUUAUUACCCAUGUCCCCGGAAACAAUUAACACUCACUUCUUUCUGUUCACUAAAGAAAACCCUGAUAAUGUCCAGGUGAUCAGCGCACUCGAUCAUUCAUCACUUUCCACAUCCAGUUUUAAUCCCAAUAGAAAAACGUAUUUUAUCAUUCACGGCUUCCUCCGUUCAGCAGAGGACCAUUGGCUCAUGGACAUGUGUAAGACAUUAUUGAAAAUUGAAGACGUAAAUUGUUUCUGUGUCGACUGGAGAGGGGGGUCCCGCACCCUAUACACCCAGGCAGCCAAUAACAUCCGCGUUGUAGGGUCCCAAUUGGCCUAUUUUAUUAACUUUCUCUAUAGCCAAUAUAAUUACUCUCCAUCUAAGAUACAUAUUAUCGGUCACAGCCUGGGGUCCCACACGGCAGGGGAAGUUGGAAAGAGGGUACCAGGCAUUGGACGAUUGACAGGCCUGGAUCCGGCUGGGCCAUUAUUUCAGAACACCCCCCCUGAGGUGAGACUGGAUCCAACUGAUGCUGACUUUGUAGAUGUCAUUCAUACAGACGCAUCUCCAUUAAUUCCCAAAUUAGGUCUUGGAAUGUCUCAGUUAGUUGGGCACCUGGAUUUCUUUCCCAAUGGAGGAGAAACCAUGCCUGGGUGUGAGAGGAAUGUCAUAAACCAACUUUUAAGCAUCAAUCAACUUUGGGAAGAAACAGAUGAGUUUUUGGCCUGCAGUCAUCUCCGGAGUUACAAGUAUUAUACAGAUAGUAUCCUCACUCCUGAUGCCUUUGUUGCAUUUCCCAGUGAAACAUAUGAAGCAUUUAAGAAGGGUUCCGGAUUCCCAUGCCCCAGUACUGGUUGCCCUUUGAUGGGGCACUAUGCGGAUUUGUAUGGUCGGGGUACAUUAAGUGGCCAGUCUUUAUACUUGAAUACUGGAGAUGUUCAGCCCUAUGCACGCUGGAGGUACAUGUUGACUGUGAAGACCAUCGGCACUUUGUCUUUUAUGGGGGAUAUUAAGGUGGCUUUACAUGGACUUAAAGGGAACACUAAGGGGCAUGAAAUUGCCAGUGGAUUAAUUAAUCCCGGAGACACCUACACAGCCUUCAUUGAUGUAGAGGCCGAUGUCGGACCCCUCACAACCCUGAGCUUCACCUGGAACAAGAGCCUCAUCAACCUCGUUCCGUCCACCUUAGGCGCAGGCACUAUAUCCGUGCAAUACGGGAAGGACGGACAGACGUACCAGUUUUGUGGCACAGACCAGGUCAUGGCCAAUGUGCUCCAGAACCUGACUCCCUGCGACUCCCAACUCUCAGCCAAAUAAAGUCUUGUUUUUAUCACAUAAAAUAACCUAAAACAUUUUUCUAUUAAUACCAAUAUUGGGAUAAAUAAAAUCCCAGUCAAGUCAUUUUUAGCCUAUUCGUUUUUAGUUUGUGCUUAUCCUGCAAUAUUGGCUCUGGUAAAGUUCAACACUUCUGACUCGAGGUUCCAGAGACGCCCAGUCGCCAUUUGUAAGACUUUAAAGAACAAAUCACAUUUUGCAGACUCAAAAAAAAAAAUUCAUAUAUUGCAUAUUGUUGAGAACUUCACUUUUGUGAUCACAAAAUACAUUUCACAGUAAGAAUAAAAUUAUUUGGUCUCCACAAAAGGCGCACAUUGAAUUUUAUCUACGCAAUAAAUUCUGCUGCUACACAGCAUGUUGUAUUCCCAAACAGAAAUUCACCCACACAAAAAUGAAUUGUGUGAACACAAACAUAAAAAAAAUUCAUUUUGGAUAACGGUUUUCCAGAUAACAGAUCUCACACCUGGCCAAUGUUCUGUUCACUAGUGGUGAGCGAAUCUGUACAAUUUCCCUUAGUUGAAGAAUUUGCUUAACUGUGAAAACAUUUUUCAAACGGCGAUAAAUUCAAUAUCCAUUACAUAUCAACAUUUUUUAACC